AUGUCCCUUCCUUUGCUUUGUCUCUUCCUACUCCUGCAAUCUUUGUUUACAUUAGGGGAAAUGACUCACCAGAGAUGCGUUGAUUACUGGAAGCCCAGCACCUACAUGAAGGCUGACAUAAUCCUAGGUGCAUUUGUUCCCAUUUACACCACAGUAGAAGGAUUCUACAAAAGCCAUAUAUUUUUUGAGAUCAAACCGGAUAUAUUUGAUAAUUUUCUAGAGAGUUGGAAAAACUAUCAACAUUUGCUGACUUUCUACUUUGCCAUGGAGGAGAUUAAUAAGGAUGCCCACCUGCUUCCCAAUGUGACCUUGGGUUUCCACUUCUACAAUGCCUUUAACUCCCACCGGAGAACCUUGGAGGGCCCUCUGAUGUGGUUGUCUGGAAGGAGUGAGUUUAUCCCUAACUACAAAUGCAAAACUCAACACAAAGCUCUUGGAAUCAUUGCGGGAACCAGGCCUGAAUUUUCGGCUGCAAUUGGAACCCUUUUAGAGCUCUACAAAGUUCCACAAGUCACAUAUGGAACUUUUGAUUCUAUGCUAAGUGACAGAGGUACAUUCCCAUCCCUUUACCAGAUGUCUCCUAAAGACAUAGCUCUAACCCAAGGGGUGACCUCUUUACUGCUGCACUUUGGCUGGAAGUGGGUAGGGCUCAUCGUGUCUGAUGAUCUGAAAGGAAAGGAGUUCCUCUCUGACCUGAAAGCAGAGAUGGUAUCAGAAGAUAUCUGUGUGGCUUUUACAGAAAAACUCCAGGCUAAAUGGAAUUUUCAGUUAACAUCUAAGGUUGGGUUGGUGAAUUUGAUCCAACAUACACGAGCAAAUGUGCAUGUAUUCUAUGGUGAUAUAGAUGACUUAGUAUUUUUCUUCAUGAAAACUAAAAUCAUGAAAGCCAGAAGGAAGGUGUGGAUCAUGGCAAAGUCCCACUUAGUUUACUUAGAGUCUGUAUUCAAUGAGCAAAAUGAGUUGAUGGCCUUUUUUGAAGGAAGCUUCUCAUUUUCAAAGAAGAGAGAUAUCCCUGGCUUCAACCACUUUCUAGAAGCACUUACACCCUUCAAGUACCCAGAUGAGCUUUACUUUAAUAAAUUUUGGAUUGACAAUUUUUAUUGCUCACCUCCUCCUGUGCUAUGUAGAAAUCAUAAACCCUGCCCACUGAAUACAUCCCUAAAGACAAAGCAAGGAAAAAAUAUGAUGGUCACGUCUGAGCCUAGUUUUUCUAUAUGGAAUGCAGUGUAUGCAAUGGCCCACGCCCUCCAUAAAAUGCUUUUGAGGACAACAGAAAUGGGAUCUCAUGAAUACAUAAACCACGACAGGCUUCUACCCUGGCAGCUUCAUCCUUUUCUGAGAAAAAUUCAAUUUACAAAUGCUGCUGGAGACCAAAUAUGCUUUGAUGAGAACAAGAAUCAUGUGGAAAAGUAUGAUGUACAAAAUUUUAUGGGACAUACAAAUCAUUAUUCAUUUCUAGUUAAAGUAGGAGAGUUUGUCUCCAGGAGUCCACAAGAUCAAGGCUUGUUCAUCAAUGAAGUUAUGAUCAAAUGGCCAAGCAACUUCAAUCAGACUCCUCAAUCUGUAUGUACACAGAGCUGUAGUCCAGGUUUCUGGAAAAUUCUAGAAGAUGGAAGACCGAUCUGCUGUUUUUCUUGUGUGCUUUGUCCAGAGAGUUACAUUUCCAACCAGACAGAUCAACAGGAGUGUAUCCCUUGCCCACUUGAAGAGUAUUCAAAUCCUGAAAGAAACAACUGCCUUCCCAAGUCAGUGAUAUUCCUGUCCUUUGAGGAUUCUCUGGGCAUGGCUCUGGCCUGUACAGCUCUGUGCUUCUCUGUGAGCACAGCUGUAGUUUUGGGGAUCUUUCUCAAACACCAAGACUCACCCAUUGUUAAGGCCAAUAACCGGACGCUCAGCUUCAUCCUGCUCAUCUCCCUCCUCCUCUGCUUUCUAUGUUCCUUCCUCUUCAUUGGCCACCCAAGCACAGCCUCCUGCAUAUUGCAGCAAAUUACAUUUGCACUUGUGUUCACGCUGGCUCUGUCCACUGUUUUGGCCAAAACUAUAACUGUAAUUCUGGCCUUUAGAGCCCUGAAACCAGGAAGGACAAUGAGAAGGCUGCUUGUCUCAGGCAUCCAUAACUCUGUCAUCCCCAUCUGUGUCCUGAUCCAGUUUAUUCUUCUUGGAGUCUGGCUGGGAACCUCGCCUCCCUAUAUUGAGGCAGAUGCACACUCUGAACAUAGUCACAUCAUCAUUGUGUGCAACAAGGGCUCACUUACUGCUUUCUACUGUGUGCUGGGAUACUUGGGGAUCCUGGCCCUAGGGAGCUUCACUCUGGCUUUCCUGGCCAGGAACCUGCCUGACACAUUCAAUGAAGCCAAGUUCCUGACAUUCAGCAUGCUGGUGUUCUGCAGUGUCUGGGUCACCUUCCUCCCUGUCUACCACAGCACCAAGGACAAGGCCAUGGUGGCUGUGGAGAUCUUCUCCAUCUUGGCCUCCAGUGCAGGGCUGCUAGGAUGCAUCUUUUUCCCAAAGUGCUACAUUAUUCUUGUUAAACCUGAUGAGAACUCUUUAAAAUAUUUUAAGAACAAAACACAAUCUAGAAAAAAUUGA